ACCGAGCUGGGAGGAAUGACAGAAGGUGAUCAGGUUCAGUGGUGGUCCCGGUUCCUAACGUGCACAGGGCCCAACACGGAGUGGGGUGUUGUUGAAGGGACAUUUUAUAUGCCUGCUUUUCACCCAGACUCCUCAAGAGUCCGGUGUGCAUUUACUAUUCCCAGUGCUUGUCUCUCCAUUGGGAGUGGGCAGUACGGUCUGCCCAGAGCGGGCCGUGGUGCCUCAUGCCUGUCGCCUCAGCCUGUAGGAGACAGAGAGGACUGCUGUGAAAUAGAAACUAGCCUGGGCUACAGAGUUCCAGGUCUGGAUUGGAUUAUAAUGUAACUUUGCCUCAAAAAAAAGUCUUUUCCAGCCACAAGUGUCAGCUUGUGUCUUUGCGGUUCCCUUAUCACUUACCCGAGAGUUGUGGGUGUUUGGGGCUCUUGUCUGUCCGUAUCCAGAGUCCUGGGGCUGCAGUGGACAGCGGUCUCAGGCUGGGUUCCUCCCCAUUCUUGGAGCAUCUCCCAGCUUUGCCUCCUGUGCCUGGUUAACCUGGCUCCUUCCUUUCACCUGCAGGUGACCAGAAUGGAGCUGUGGCCCGGGGCCUGGACAGCGCUGCUGCUGCUAGUGCUCCUCCUGCUGUCCACCCUGUGGUUCUACAGCCCCUGUGCCAAGUAUUUCUUCAAGAUGGCCUUCUACAAUGGUUGGAUCCUCUUCCUGGCUAUACUCGCAAACCCUGUGUGUGCUGUGCGGGGACGCAACGUCGAGAACAUGAAGAUCCUGCGUCUGCUGCUGCUCCACAUCAAAUACCUGUAUGGGAUCCGAGUGGAGGUGCGGGGGGCUCAACACUUCCCUCCCACGCAGCCCUACGUUGUGGUCUCCAACCACCAGAGCUCCCUCGACCUGCUUGGGAUGAUGGAGGUGCUGCCAGACCGCUGUGUGCCCAUUGCCAAGCGCGAGCUACUCUGGGCUGUCUCUGCCGGGCUGGCCUGCUGGCUGGCAGGAGUCAUCUUCAUUGACUGAA